CUCCCUCCAACUCGGGCCCCGGAGCCCUUGGCAACACCCGAGGAAAGGCGAGCGUGAGACAGGCGAGGUGCCCCGGAGAGCCGGCCGAUCGUCCCCGCCAGCCGCCGCUGGGAGGCAAGGCGACCGAUCCGCGCAGCCCACCUGGGCAGCCCCGCCCUGCGCUCCAGCCUCUGCGGCCGGCCCCACUCCUGCCGGGGCCUUGCAGAGCGCGGGCUGCGCGGGGGAAGCUCCCCUUGGCUGCGGGAGACGCGGCGAAUCGAUGGGGUGAGCCAUCCUUGGCGCCGCCGGGAAACGAUGGACGAUUCCGGGAUCAUUCGCCGGCGGAGGCUCCAGAAGGACCUCCCUUUGCCCAGAAAAAGCAGCAGCUGCCGAACCAGCAACAGAAAAAGCCUGAUCCUGACAAGUACAUCACCAACACUGCCACGACCUCACUCUCCACUCCCAGGUCAUAUUGGUAGCAGCCCCCUUGACAGUCCUCGGAAUUUCUCCCCCAACACACCAGCCCACUUUUCCUUCGCUUCUUCCCGCAGUCGUCUUGCUCCUCCCAAGAGCGUCUUCAUCAGCUGCCUUAUCAGCCAACUGUGGAUGAGCUGCACUUCCUGUCCAAGCAUUUUGGAAGCACCGAGAGUAUAACCGAUGAUGACGGGGGGCGGCGGUCUCCCGCAGUACGGCCUCGGUCCCGGAGCCUCAGCCCGGGCCGGUCUCCAUCCUCCUAUGAUAAUGAGAUAGUCAUGAUGAAUCAUGUUUACAAGGAACGAUUCCCCAAG